CGCAACUCGCAGGCGCGGAGGGGUGGGGGCAGUAUGUGUCCGUGCGCCCGGCGCCCGCCGGAGAAGUAGCGCGCCGGGGCGAGCCAGACGCUUUCCAAGUUGGGCGCGUCCCAGAGCUCAACGCCCCGCGCCCUGGCCGCUGGUGUCCAGAGAGAGGCGGGCUAAUGGCGGGCGAGGCUGCUGUCGCCUGCGGCCAGAGACCGUCUUAAAAGAACCCGGGCCGGCAUCCCCAGGGUCCCAGCUUGCGUCGUGCCCUCCGCCCGCGUGCGCUGUCUGAUGCCUGCGCUGGCGGUGGCCCGGGUGGCCCGCCCGCGGGGGGUGCCGGAGGGGGCGGGGGAGGAGGAGGCGGCACUGUGAUGGCCCUGGACGGCGAGCGGGGGGAGCAAGAGGAGGAGAAGAAAAAGAAGAAGAAGAAAAAGAAGAGGAAGAAGAAGAAGGAGGAGGAGGAGGGGGCUGAGAAGAGCAGCUCACCCUUCGCGGCCACGAUGGGAGAGAACGACGCCGCGCUCCGAGCGGGCGGCAGGGGGCUCUCAGACCCGUGGGCGGACUCCGUGGGGGUGCGACCCUGCACCACCGAGCGCCACAUCACGGUGCACAAGCGGCUCGUGCUGGCCUUCGCCGUGUCCAUCGUGGCGCUGCUUGCGGUCACCAUGCUCGCGGUUCUGCUCAGCCUGCGCUUCGACGAGUGUGGGGCGAGAGCAGCGCCCGGCGCCGACGGCGGUCCCGCCGGCUUCCCAGCGCGAGGCGGCAACGAGAGCCUUCCGGGGUCGGCCCGGCGCCACCCCCACGCCGGCGGGGACCCCGGGCAGCCCGAGGCGGGGGAGGCCGCCCCUGGAACCCCGUCCGCUCAGCCACCGUCGGAGGAGGAGCGCGAGCAAUGGCAGCCGUGGACACAGCUGCGCCUGUCGGGCUACCUCAAGCCUCUGCACUACAAUCUGAUGCUCACUGCCUUCAUGGAGAACUUCACUUUCUCCGGGGAGGUCAACGUGGAGAUCGCGUGCCGGAAUGCCACCCGCUACGUCGUGCUGCACGCCUCCCGGGUGGCGGUGGAGAAGGUGCAGGUGGCGGAGGACCGGGUGGCUGGGGCUGUCCCUGUGGCCGGCUUUUUCCUCUACCCGCAAACCCAGGUCUUAGUGGUGGUGCUGAACAGGACCCUGGACGCGCAGAGGAAUUACAACCUGAAGAUCAUCUACAAUGCCCUGAUCGAGAACGAGCUCUUGGGCUUCUUCCGCAGCUCCUACGUGCUCCACGGGGAGAGAAGAUUCCUUGGUGUGACUCAGUUUUCACCUACACAUGCCAGAAAGGCAUUUCCUUGUUUUGACGAGCCCAUCUACAAGGCUACUUUCAAAAUCAGCAUCAAGCAUCAAGCAACCUAUCUAUCUUUAUCCAAUAUGCCAGUGGAAACGUCUGUGUUUGAAGAAGAUGGAUGGGUUACGGAUCACUUUUCACAGACCCCUCUCAUGUCCACAUAUUACUUAGCCUGGGCAAUUUGCAACUUCACACACAGAGAAACUACCACCAAGAGUGGGGUUGUAGUCCGAUUAUAUGCAAGACCCGAUGCUAUCAGAAGAGGAUCCGGGGACUAUGCUCUGCAUAUAACAAAGAGGUUAAUAGAAUUUUAUGAAGACUACUUUAAAGUGCCCUAUUCCUUGCCAAAACUAGAUCUUUUAGCUGUGCCUAAGCAUCCGUAUGCUGCUAUGGAGAACUGGGGACUAAGUAUUUUUGUGGAACAAAGAAUACUGCUGGAUCCCAGUGUUUCAUCUAUUUCUUAUUUGCUGGAUGUCACCAUGGUCAUUGUUCAUGAGAUAUGUCACCAGUGGUUUGGUGACCUCGUGACUCCCGUGUGGUGGGAAGAUGUGUGGCUGAAGGAAGGUUUUGCACACUACUUUGAAUUUGUUGGUACAGACUACCUCUACCCGGGCUGGAACAUGGAAAAACAGAGGUUUCUGACGGAUGUUCUGCAUGAAGUGAUGCUGCUUGACGGCUUGGCCAGUUCCCAUCCAGUAUCACAGGAAGUGCGACAGGCAGCAGAUAUUGACAGGGUGUUUGACUGGAUCGCAUAUAAAAAGGGUGCUGCUUUGAUUAGAAUGCUGGCUAAUUUUAUGGGCCAUUCAGUAUUUCAGAGGGGUUUGCAAGAUUAUUUAACCAUUCAUAAGUAUGGCAAUGCCGCCAGAAACGAUCUCUGGAAUGCACUAUCAGAGGCUUUAAAAAGGAAUGGGAAAUAUGUAAAUAUACAAGAAGUAAUGGAUCAGUGGACACUCCAGAUGGGUUAUCCUGUUAUCACCAUCUUGGGAAAUACAACAGCAGAAAACAGAAUAAUAAUUACCCAACAACAUUUUAUUUAUGACAUCAGUGCUAAAACUAAAGCACUUGAACUUCAAAAUAACAGUUACCUGUGGCAGAUUCCAUUAACUAUUGUGGUAGGAAAUAGAAGCCAUGUGUCUUCAGAGGCAAUUAUUUGGGUGUCUAACAAAUCAGAGCACCACAGAAUAACUUCUUUGGACAAAGGAAGCUGGUUGCUGGGGAACAUCAACCAAACUGGCUAUUUUAGAGUCAACUAUGACUUAAGGAAUUGGAGAUUGUUAAUUGAUCAGUUGAUCAGGAACCAUGAGAUCCUCUCUGUCAGUAACCGCGCAGGUUUGAUCGACGACGCCUUCAGCCUAGCCAGAGCUGGCUAUUUGCCUCAGAAUAUUCCCCUGGAGGUUAUCAGAUACCUGUCUGAAGAGAAGGAUUUUCUUCCUUGGCAUGCUGCCAGCCGAGCUCUUUAUCCUCUAGACAAAUUGCUGGACCGCAUGGAGAAAUACAAUGUCUUCAACGAAUACAUUUUAAAGCAAGUUGCAACAACGUACAUCAAGCUUGGAUGGCCAAAAAAUAAUUUUAAUGGAUCUCUUGUUCAAGCAUCCUACCAGCAUGAAGAACUACGUAGAGAAGUUAUAAUGCUGGCAUGCAGUUUUGGCAACAAGCACUGCCACCAGCAGGCAUCAACACUUAUUUCGGACUGGAUUUCCAGCAACAGGAACAGAAUACCGCUAAAUGUUAGAGACAUCGUCUACUGUACAGGAGUUUCACUACUAGAUGAGGAUGUCUGGGAAUUCAUAUGGAUGAAAUUCCACUCUACCACAGCUGUUUCUGAGAAGAAGAUAUUAUUGGAAGCCUUAACUUGCAGUGACGACAGGAAUUUAUUAAGUAGGCUUCUGAAUCUCUCGCUGAAUUCCGAGGUGGUGCUCGACCAAGACGCAAUUGACGUGAUCAUCCACGUGGCUCGAAAUCCUCAUGGCCGAGACCUGGCCUGGAAGUUUUUCAGAGAUAAAUGGAAGAUAUUAAAUACCAGGUAUGGAGAAGCAUUAUUUAUGAAUUCCAAACUUAUCAGUGGAGUUACAGAAUUUCUUAAUACUGAAGGUGAACUCAAAGAGCUAAAGACCUUCAUGAAGAGCUACGAUGGAGUAGCCGCUGCGUCUUUCUCAAGAGCUGUAGAAACCGUGGAAGCCAAUGUGCGCUGGAAGACGCUUUAUCAAGACGAGCUUUUCCAAUGGUUAGGAAAAGCCCUGAGACACUAAUCUGUGUGUCUUAUACACAAUUCAACUCAGAAUUUUGUGAAAAGAGUUGCUUUAUGUGGAAUGAGGCAAAUGUACUACAUGAAAAAUGGCCAGAUUUUCAGUGUUAACGUGUUGGAGGAAUUUUUUGUUCUUAAUUUUUGGUUUUGGGGGAUUUUUGUUUGUUUGUUUCAUUCAUUCUGUUUUGUUUCUCUACUGGGUGUUCUUUUCUAAAGAAACUCUUGCAAGUGACACUAUCCAUGACUGCUUCAGCUGUACAUUCUUCGCUGUACGGGACCAAAUAAGAUAGUGGUGCAUGUUGAUGUUGCGGUUGGUUUGGAGAAACAUACUCAGAGUAUUUUGUGCAUGGUUGUAUGGUCCUGCCUGUGUGCUGGCAUGCUUAUUUAAAGUGUCCAAUGUUGUAUGUGAAUAUAUGUUACAUCCAGGAUGGGCGUUAUGCAAAAGCACAAAGAUUAUCUAUGACAAUCAGUGUUGCAAUGAAAGAAAAACUAAAAAAGACAAUUAUACUCUUAGUCCUGGGCAAUGUGAGAGGUAAAACAGCCCUUUAAGUGAUCAGUGUCACUUGUUUCAGCACUUGGACUGUCUUGCAAUGAUUACUGUGUUCUAACUCAUUUUCUUUGAGUGGAAGCUGUGUAUACGUUUAAAGGCAUAUAGAUAGUGUAUGCCUAUGUAUAUGUACAUAGGGAAGCCCUAUAUGUAUAUCGUAUGUUGUACACUGCACUGUGCAAAGAAUCUCUUCAGAUCAAAGAAAAUAUGCUUCUUUUUAUAAACUUAUGCGAGCUUCGAAAAGACUUAAAAGAAUUUAUCUCAACACUAUCUUUCCUGACAAUUUGCUGACUAAACUUCUCAACUGUGAUGGAUUUUUUUCAUCCACUUCCUGAACAAUGGUCUAUUCUACUACAUAAAAAUGAAUUCAAGCAAAAUUUAUUUAUAAACACUCUUCUCAGUCUCCUAAGUGGCAGCCUCUCUUCCUAAGUAUAGAUUCUGUCAUCAUUUUGGUCAGACUUCUUAUUGCAUAAAACAAUUGUGCAUACUUAAUAAUUAUCAGUGCUGAGAAAAUAUUUAUUUUCCAUCUUGUUUUCCAUCUCAUAUUGGGUGGUCUGGAGAGUUAAAAACUCUCUCCGUGUGUUGGUCUUUGAGUCUAUGUAAUUCUAAUCCUCCAGUGAGCAACCAUACCUCAAGUGGGUCUAUUAGCAUUUAAUAACCUUCAAUGCCAGUUGUGCCAGCCAUUAAGAUGAAGAGUUACUUUUCUUUAGCAAAGCUUUUCCUUUGACAGUGACAACUCUGUUCUACCUGGGAAUUUCAAACAGACCUUUUCAUGGCUGUGUGUUACAUAACACACGUGUUUUUAAAUGGUAUUCUCACCUAAUAGGCCAGCUCUCCAAACAUUGUUUAGAUGCUCUAAAAAUGAUAUAUUUUGUUUACCAUUAUAAAACUCCAAUACAACUACUGUACAUAAGGCAAAUGUUUGUGGACCAUGUUCUGUUUUCUUGAGGUUUUCCUCUCCUCCAAAUAUUCUUGCAAAUCAUUGAAAGAAAUCUAUUCUAGCUCUAGUAGUCACUGAACACUGGGGGAAAAAAGUGGCUAUUUUAGAAACCGGAGCCAUAGGUUUAUUAUAAGUUUGUAAUAAAGAGAAGCAAUUUCCUAAUCCACAAAACAAGUAUUACCUAAAAUGGAAUUUUAUCUUUUUAGCAAUUACUAUCUAUUACUCAUAAUUAAUUUUUCAGCACUUCAUUUGGUUAAAGCAGGUGAAUUUUAAAUACUCUCUGUGGUUUUAAUAAGACAUAGUAAUGCUUAGGAUAAAAUCUAAGUCACCCCACCUGUCAGAAGUGAUGAAAUUCAGUUAGUACAAAUCACAUGUGUGAAAUCCUUAAGGGGUAAGUUCUGAGACAGAAUAGGAAGAAAUAUCACACUGUUGUGCGGGUCUGAAGCAUCACCACUGGAUUCAUGUAACAGAGAAGGUAAAAAAAUGAGAGGUGGAUGUCUUGUUUUGUGUCGUGAAUUACUAAAAAUUCUUAACAGUUGUGACAUUUUUUUGAGCGAAAUCACCAUUUCUAGAUUUGAUUUAGAAGGCUUUUAUAGUUCUUUUUUCCUCCUCACUGUUAAUAAUAUUAAUCCUCUUUCAGUAUUUUAGUGGCCUUGAACAACUGGUUUAGCUACAAUGUCAAAUCCUAAGUGUAUAAUUCUGUGCAAUGUUCAAUACCUCAUAUAGUACUUGUUCAACAGUAUAGUGGCAUUGUUAUGGAAUUUCGGUUCUACAUAUUUUUCAGUAAUUUAUCCUUUCCAAUGUUUAAGAUAUUUCAGGCUUUAACGUUUUUCAGUUGUUUAAAUAAGUAAUAUUUUCAAAAUAAUAAAAUGACCAAUGAUAUCUCUUGGAAUAUUCUGUAAAAUGUAGUUAUAAAAUUCUAUUUUAUAUAUAGAGUUUUAUCUUUUUUCUCUUCUUUGUCUAUUUUCCAAAUCGUAUAUAAGCACGAAAUAACCAAUUGUUGAAAGUGUCCAGCAUCCAGGCUUGAGACUUUACUGUGCCGAUAUACGUGCAACAGCAAAACUUGGUCUCCAUUAGAAAGGACUAAAUUAUUUACCGUACUGAGUAUUAAAUAUCUCUAGGUAAUUUGUAAAUAAAAGGUUUUCCCCAUUUUUA